AUGCCGCCUGUAAUGAAUAUGGUUGAUAGAAAGUAGACAGAUGGAAGCAAGCAGGAAAAGGGGCCAAUUGCAGUGUGGAUUCUGAUAAUGUUCCAAACCAAUAGGGACCAUCAGUCAUCUAAACCAAAAUCCACGCCAUCAGUUUGUGUGGCUCCAAAAAUGACUCCUCACCUCUCUCCCUUUCAAAACUAUCCAUUUUCACAAAGCAUACAAAACCCAUCAUCACAUCUAUGCUUCCAUUACAAGUUCCAGCAUGUUGGUAAAGACCCUUCCAGCCAUCACGGAAGCCAUCUAGAAGAACAGCUCUCUGAUCUUCCACCCUUUUCAUGGCAACUUCAGUUUCUGUAGCUGGGUUUCAUAAGCCUCUUUACUCCACCUUCCAUGGAGGAUGGGGGACUUCAAUUUGCGGCCACAACAGCACCGUGCUGAUCAAGUCAGUCCCGGAAGCCGUUCGAGUCGCAAAGCCUGUAAGAUUCCGGCCAGUGAUGAAGAAUAUUAAUGAAGGGAAAGGACUAUUUGCACCUGUGGUUGUUCUUGCCCGAAAUAUUAUAGGAAAGAAACGUUUCAAUCAGUUGAGAGGCAAGGCCAUUGCCCUGCACUCCCAGGUAAUUACUGAGUUCUGCAAAUCUAUAGGAGCUGAUGCAAAGCAAAGGCAGGGAUUGAUUAGGUUAGCCAAGAAGAAUGGAGAAAGAUUAGGAUUCCUUGCUUGAUCUCAUCAAUCUGUUCCCUUGAUCAUCAUAUAUAAAUCAUAGAUCUCUCUACUUUCUGCUGUCUUUUAUACUA